GAGGAAGUGGACAAAGGGAGGAGGAAGAAGAGUGGCAUGCGUGGCCAGCCAUGGAGAUGUAUCCAAAAGACCUCGGCGGCCUCAUGUGCUGACCACAGUAGGAGUAGGCUACAAGUCUGGAUUUCCUAUUGCUUUCAUUCUGAUUCCUCUACACUUUUCUGCUUUGUUUGUGCCCAUUUGCAGGAAUAGUUUCAUGUGAGGCAGCUGCUCCUAAUGAUUGAUCUCGCACUCUCCUUAUGAUACUCGUGGACCGAAGCUUAUCAUCAUCGCUGCUGCUGCAGCAGCAGCAGUUAAUUACUCAUCCUAUCAUGUCACAAUCAUCACCAACCAUUGUUAGCAUUCGGGGCGAGCCUUCUUCGCUUGUUAUAAGAGCGAUCCGCAUCGGCGUUGUCUCAUCGCACUAUGGCGAAGGUGGCUUGCGAGCUCGGGAGCAUGACGGUCGUCCGGUGGUGCGCGGGGCGGGAGAAGCGGCAGCAGCCGAUGGGUUUCGGUGGUGGAAGGAGGAUGCGGAGGACCCGGCGGCGGCGGGGCGGCACGGUGAGGCUGGGCAGCAGGCGUCGGGGGCUGCUGCUUCGGCGACUGGUGCGGUGGUCGCAGUUCCGGUGGCGGGUGGUGGCGGAGCUGUUUGCGCCGCUCAAGAAGGCGGUGGCGGAGAUGGUCUCGGGUAGGGAGUUGGUGCGGUCACAACACUUGGCUUUGCCCUUCAUUUGCCACUUUCCGGUCCCUCUCGUAUGAUAUCUUCCUCUGCACUCUGUGAAUCCAAGAAUCACGUACAGUUUUAGAGGCUGUGUGUUUGUGAUCUAAAAGCUGCCGCUGGCAAUUUUAUCUUCCGCAAUAUUUCAAUCGAUAACAGUUUGCCAAUUAGAUCGCAUCAACAUCCGCAAACUCUGUUAAUGACAUCUUUUCUGUGCCUCUGCGAGUUCGGAUCAGAAAACUUAUUUUCCUACGAUCGAUCAGUUUUGAUGAUGACAUAUCGGAGCUUAUCCUUUUGAGACUGUAAUAUAUACUCUGUUCUCCGUGUCCUUCUGGUCUCGAUCAUUGCAACAAGAACAAUAAACCCGAAAGAGAGGUAGCAAUAUGAAGCUUUGAACUUGUUUUGAUGAUGAAAUGUUUGAUCGAGUUCAUACUGACUUAUCGUUUUCGAUCGAUAGUGUGGAGGGUGUCGAACAAAGAAGAUGUAUGAGAAUAUAUUAGGUUUAAAUCACUUAAAAAGGAUAUUAGAUGAGAUAUACGAGGAUAUGAUACGGUAGCAUCCACGGAACUUGGAAGAAGAAGAAUGCCUUGUGCUCGAGAGAGAAUCAUCCAUCCACGAUUCCUCUCCGCAUUUGGAAGAAGAAGAAUGCCUUCUGGUUGGAGCCAAACCGACCAAAGCAACGCAUUGUCUCACCGUGCACCCAAAGCAUCCGUGCACGUACGGCCCCUUCCCUUCCCCUCCAGACUUCCCCCAUCACUCCUCUCUCUUGUAUGCCUAUAUAUACGCCAUCUCCGCCAGCUGCCCUCCUCACCUCCUCUCCCAUCAUUCCAUUAAUUACCAUUGCCCUCGUAAUCAUGGCGUCUGCACAACGCGCCGCCGCUGGCAGAAACCAGCUGCUGCGGGUGCCGCCGCCGAUCCAGCGGUUCAAGUACUCCAAGCGGGUGGUGCUGAAAUCGAUACUGGACCGCGAGGACAAAGGGCUGGCAAUAGCGGGGCAGCGAGUCGUGGUCGGAGGAUGGGUCAACUCUCGCAAGGAGAGAGCCGAAGUCGACGGUGCACCCAUCCCAACGCCGCCGGCCGAAGCGGACGACGUCCUUUUCGGCGAAGUCCACGUGCAAUACGUCCCCUUCCUGAGGCCGAAAUCGAGCAUUCCGGUCGGCGGCGGCCGCGGCGCCCAGGCCCUUGCGGCGAAGGACAAGCACAUCAUCAUAUACUUGCUAAUCAACGACGGGUCCUGCAGUAGUAAUCUUCAGCUUGUGAUGGACUCUUCCAUGUCCAUUCCCGGCCAAGUUGUCGCCGUCGGGAACUCCAUCUUGGUCGAAGGCGUGCUGCGGAGGAGUUGGACAGGAAGAAGGCGUGUAGUCGAGCUCAUAGUGGAGAAGGUGCUGUACGUUGGGGCCGUCGAUCUAAAGACUUAUCCACUAGCGAAGCCGCAACCCUCAUUGCUGUUCCUCAGAGACCAUCCCCACCUUCGUCCUCGUUUCAUUACGAUUGGAACUGUGGCUCGCAUUCGGAGCAACCUAACUUGUGCUUGUCAUGCGUUCUUCGACGACCUCGGGAUCAUACACGUCCACAUGCCCAUCAUCACAUCUAUUGCCACGGGAACCCAAAGCCAGAGGUUCCAGGUUACAACCCUCCUCAACGCAGCAGAUCAAGGACAUGUCGACCUCGAAGUGUUCAAGGCAGCAGUCCAGGAGAAGAGCAGCAGAAUAGAUAAGCUACGUAGAGGUGGCAACAACAAGGAAGCUCUGGUUGCGGCAGAAGAAGACCUGGAGAAGUCCAAGGAGCUGGUUCGAGUACUGGAACAGAGGCAGAAGACAGCCACGGUGUACGUUGGAGAAGUGAAGCUCUCCGAGGAUUUCUUCGGGCGUGCGGUGUACCUCUCGACCUCAGCUGGGCUUCACCUUGAAAGCUACGCGUGUGGACUCUCUGGAGUCUACACCAUUGGACCUGUGUUUCAAGCAGAUGAGUCCCGGUCCACGAAGAAGCUGGCGGAGAUGUGGAUGGUGGAAGUCGAACUGGCUUUUGUAGAACUGGAGGACGUCAUGAACUGCGCAGAGGACCUGCUGCAGUCCCUCUGCUAUUCCCUGUUGGCGACUGCAGGCAACGAUCUCAAGUUUGCAUCAAAACAUAUAGAUAGCGACUGCAUCAAGCGGCUGCAGUCGAUAACCUCAAGACCUUUUGAUCGAAUCACCUAUUCCAAGGCACUGCACAUCCUGAAUCAGGUAAAGGACAGAUCUUUCCUAACAGAAGCUGUCUGGGGAACCAAUCUCUCGGAAGAACACGAGAGUUAUCUGGCGGAUGACUUCUUCGAGAAUCCAGUGAUCGUGUAUGAGUUCCCCAAAGAGAUCAAACCAUUCUACGUGCGAGGGAAUGCUAAUCUCAUAACAGUUUCUGCUUUCGAAAUCAUCGCACCCAAAGUCGGAGUUCUGGUUAGAGGAAGCCAAAAGGAGGAAAGAUUGGACGUGAUCAGCAAGAGGAUCGGGGAAGUUGGUCUCCCGCAUGAACAGUACGACUGGUACAUGGAUCUCUGCAGGUAUGGCUCCGUUCAGCGUUCAGGUUUCAGCCUCGAGCUCGAGAAGAUGGUCGUGAUGGCCACUGGAAUUACCGAUGCCGAGGAUGCAAUUCCGUUCCCCAGAGCUCGUGGCAAUGCUAAACUGUAAGACUGACGUAAAGCUGAUCUGCUUGGUGGAAGAAGAUAUCUGUAUUGCUCAUUUCUGGUUUGAAGCUAUCUAUCAAGCCAUGAUCUCAAACACUCCGGUCUUCUACUAAAUAAGCCUAAAAUGUGUGUGCAUAAUUACAGUUGUUAUAUGAUAAUGAUGAGACGGUUCUCAUCCAUUGUUGAUUUCAUAACUUCAUAUUCAUUUAAAUCUUCUUUUUUUAAUUAUAAAUUAAAAAUAUAUUUUCAUCGAGGA